AUGAACACUGGUCGUACCGAUCUGGUAUCGCCUGUCUUCUCGCUAUCCACACCUGCCGACGCCUACAGCCCGGCCACUGUCAUCAGCGAGCCUGACGAGUCGUCCGAGAAGGACGAUGAACCCACAACCACCGCUGCAAACCCUUUCAACUUUACCACCCAGCAAUACUCUGCUACUUUAUCUCCGGCCAAGCCCGACAUCAAUGUCGGCAAGCGUCGCGGUCACAAGUACAAGCACUCUAGUGUCUCCCACCAAAUCUUUAUUGAACCUGCUCCUCGCGCCCCUCUUCAACUACCCGCCUCCCUCCCCGUUCCCACUCGCAAUGAGGUCCAACACAGCAUGACAUCAAACCAAAAGGCCCGUCUCGCAUGGUGCUUCUGCCACUUCCUGAUUGCCGCAUACGUUCAAUGGAGUGCCUCGGGUUCUCUCGCCAUGACCGCUCUUUCGCGCCUAUUGUUCUUCGAUGCUGCUGGAGCCAUCGCUUGCGUCUUGGUCGAGACCAUGGGAAAUUUCGAGGUCUGGAAGCGAUCCAGUGUCAAGCAUCCAUUCGGUCUGGAAAGACUCGAUGUGCUUGUAGGAUUUGGACUUGCUGUUUUCAUCGGCUUCAUGGGCCUUGAUGUCUUGUCUCAUGGUAUCCAACACUCUCUCGAGAACUUGGGAUCUCAUGUCGCCCACUCGCCUCAUGCUCAUCGUCGAAUCUCGGCCGGAUCCGUCGACGUCGCCGCCCUUCUUGCCAUUGUCGUCACUCUGAUCUCGGCUCUUGUGCUCAAGAACCACGCUCGCAUCGGCAAGGCCAUGCGUAUCGAGUUCAUCUCAUGCUGGGGCGCUGUCUUAAGCAACCCCAGCCAUCUCAUCACUCUAUCGUGCUCCACACUCCUGCUUUUGCUGCCGCUGCUCAGCAUCCAAGCAUACCACUGGUUCGACGCCGCAAUGUCCUUCUUCAUCGCAGUUGCCAUGAUCGGUCUGGGAGUCCGCCUAGGCACAUCACUAUCGUCUAUCCUUCUCAUGUCUUACUCGGCGCCUGCUGGCAGUGCGUCAAUCAAGGACGUUAUCUCCGAAAUCGAAACCGAUAAAUCCGUUUCAGCCGUUCAGGAUGCCAAGUUUUGGCAAGUUCACUAUGGACUCUGCAUGGCCAACUUGACUCUGAGAUAUAGAGCAGGUGACUAUGGUUUUGAUUUGGCCAAGACUAGGGAGAGAAUUACGAGUCUUGUGCGAAACAGGCUUGGUGGAGGUUACGGAUCUGGCGGCCUCAAAUGGGAGGUGUCGGUGCAAUUGAUCUCUGAGAGGGAUUGA